CGGCGCCGAGUUCCGUGUGGAAAGUUUACCGGCUCGGGUGCAAAGUUUCAGCCGUCUGCAAACCGGAGCUCGUCGGCAAAACGACCGAUGAAUGUGCUGGUAUUUAUACGGUUUCCGAAUCUCUUGUCUCGGAUUAAUUCGGUGUGUGUUUGUGUUCAGAUGUAGACAAGUGAUGCUCCCGUCUCCGGAUAAGAGUGGCGUACACGGACUAUAUUAGCAGUAAUUGUAUUGUCUCAGGGAGCCAGCUAGCUUAAUCUAGGUCGGAGUUAAACGCGAGAGUCAGCUAGCGGGUGUCCUGGGGAUCUCUUAAGGUUUUCUCAAACCUACUGAUUUCGUCAACUCAAACUCAAAACUUGAAUCAACUGUAAGGAAGGAAAAAUGGCUUGCGAGCCCAACCGUGUCCGGCUGCUGUGCAUGCUGUCAUUGACUUUUGGGUUUUUCAUCGUGGAGGUGGUGGUCAGCCGGAUCACCUCGUCCCUGUCAAUGCUGUCGGACUCCUUUCAUAUGCUGUCGGACGUCAUUGCGCUCGUUGUGGCUCUUGUGGCGGUCCGGUUCGCCGAGAAAACCCAGGCGACCAACAAGAACACUUUCGGAUGGAUCCGGGCGGAGGUGAUGGGGGCUCUGGUCAACGCCGUCUUCCUCACGGCGCUGUGCUUCACCAUCGUCCUGGAGGCGAUCGAGCGUUUCACCGAGCCCCACGAGAUCGAGGCUCCCGUGGUGGUGGCCGGGGUCGGUGCCGCGGGGCUUCUGGUUAACCUGCUGGGCCUCUGUUUGUUCCACGGACACGCCGGCGGAGGCCACGGGCACUCCCACGGAGGUCACUCUCACGGGAGUAAGAACAAACGGGGCAAAACUUGUAAGACCCCGAAGGCUGGGAACGGGUCUUCGGUAGAAGAGACCAACAACUUGGUGGGAAAUCAUAACAGCCCAGGUGAUGGGAGACUAAGAAAUGAAAUCAGCUGCAAAGACGGCACGGAGGUGCAGAUGAACGGUAACACCCACUUUGAGGAGAUGGAUCCUGACCACGACGCAUCGUCGCAGCUCAACAUGCGCGGGGUCUUCCUGCAUGUGUUGGGCGACGCCCUGGGCUCUGUCAUUGUGGUGGUCAAUGCUAUAAUAUUCACCUUUGUGUGGCAGCCCUGCAUAAAGGGUGAAAAGUGUGUGAAUCCGUGCGUCAACAGUCACUCCUCUGACCACUACCAUGACAACAACACUGUUGUCGAUCUGCACGAAGGACCAACUGCACCGACCAUGAAGUUCGCCGGCCCCUGCUGGGUUCUUUACCUCGAUCCCACGCUGUGCAUUAUCAUGGUGGGCAUCCUGCUUUACACUACCUACCCUCUCCUCAAAGAGUCGGCCCUCAUCCUGCUGCAGACUGUGCCCAAGCAGAUCAACAUCCACCGGCUCAACGAGCGGCUCCUGGGCCUGGAUGGCGUGCUGGCUAUCCACGAGCUGCACAUCUGGCAACUGGCCGGAAGCCGCAUCAUCGCCACAGCGCACAUCAAAUGUCACGACCCCACAUCUUACAUGGAGGUGGCCAAACGCAUCAAGGACUUCUUCCAUGACGAGGGCAUCCACGCCACCACCAUCCAGCCCGAGUUUGUCACGUUCAGCUCGGAGUCUCGGGACUCCCUGUGCGAGCUCUCCUGUCGGACUCAGUGUGCUCCCAAGCUGUGCUGCGGCUCUGCGGACAAACAGAGCACGGGCUCUGACAAGAAAGUCGGCAGUGACUCCAAGGCUGCAGCCGCUUCAAACCUGGAGAUGAUCACUGAGACCCCAGAGGCUGCAGCAGCCAUUCAGGUGUGCCCUCGGUCUGAGGCUGAGGUUGUCGUCACCAGAGAGGUGGAGUCGUCUCUUUGAGAUGAAGGAUACAGGGAGGAACAGAGGAGAAGCAGGAAAACCUCUACUUUGGGCAAAAAUAUCAUCAUUUGCAGGAAGCCGUAAUUUUUGUGACUUUUUUUUUUUUUUUUGGAUUAUUGCCCAUCUUAAUGGCUGCACCCCUUCCACCCCCUCCCAUGUUCAUGCAUUUAGUUUGCUUAUAGUACUUUCCUUCUCCCCAGUAUAAGUAUUUCCAUCCCCUCUGAGCCUCUCCUCUGCCACUGAGCCCCUCUCUUGUUGUCAGUAACUCUGGCAGUAUGGCUGCAAUGCAUGUUGGGGCGUACUGACCUCAUCUCCACCAGGACUGGAUCAAGGCCUGCAUGAGUGUCCCUCAUUAGCACCAUGAUGUGAUGUCUCAUCUCGUCCCAUGGUGUUUCUGUGCCAAAGCUUCUCAGUGGACUGAAGGGAUCGGCGGGACAUCCUCUUCUCCAAAUGGGCACACAGCAUACACAUCACUGGGUUAUUUAUUUAGCCUAUGGACCUGCUGGCAGAGAGUCUGCCUUUUUGUGUUUGUGUAGGCUUUGAGCAGAUGUAUUUUCUUUACCCUCUGGCCCCAGAUGGAAUAGUAUUGUAUUGCAUAAUAAUUUAUGUAUCUAAGUUAUUAGAAAUGAUCUAUUCCUCUCUGUAGAUGCUGUUUAUAAUAUUUAGUUUUGAUGAUCGAAACUUUCUUUUUGCAUUUUUCUCCUCUUGAAAUCUUUUGACAGACCAUCUAUGCUGUAGUCAGUUUUUUCAGAUGUGAUGUUUUUAUAAUGAUUUUGUUUCUCAGACUUUUGCUCUGACCUUGACUCAGAUUUAAUUGCAGUCAUUGGUUGAAUACAAAAGCCGUAUCGACACCUCUCUCACCUUGCCUUUUAAUGAAAGAAAACUGCUGUGAUAUAGCACUAAGCAUAGUAGACUCAGUGUAACAGGACUUCUUGCAGUGGCGUGGUCACCUGAUUAGUUAAAUGUUUAUUCAUAAAUUUGAUGCCUUGCAAGCCAGAGGGUUGUUAAGAAGUGAGCACUGUACACCAUUUAGUGAAACCUCCAUCUGAAUCUGUACUGGAAAGCUUUCUGAUGAUGCCUGUUGGUUGAUUUUUUUUUUUUUUUUUUUUUUUUUUUUUUUUUUUUUAAAUCCUCAUGAAUGUGUUCGGCACCUUCUUGUCACAAUCCAUGCCGAGGGAGUUUUCUAAAAAAAAUAUUUCCAGGACCUUCUGUGUUGUCUGCAUGACCAAACUGAGACCUGGUGUUCGAGUUUUUAACAGCUCCACUAAGAGCUCUAUUUGCUGCUUACCAGCGCCUGCUGGUAUACUAUAUUACUCAUGACUGUGUGGGGAAUGACUCAUCAUAUAGCUUUGUCUGUCCUCUGCUGCGGACAGCUGAGCCGUCUGUUUGCUGAAUUGAAGUCCAUAUAGUGGCCUUUGAAUUUGUUUAGAUUUUUUCCCUCAUCAGCACAGAUACCGUGUAAAGUUGACCUGUUGAUGAGUUUCUGAUUUCCACUCUCGAUUUAUGUGUAUGCAAUAUAGAAGUAUGUGCUGGGAAAUGUAUUUUUCUCCAUUUGUAAUGUUCGGUCACUUUUACUCUUUUAUGACUUGAGCUCUAUGUGCAAAUCGAAAACAAGUGUGUGUGUGUGUGUGUGUGUGUGUGUGUGUGUGUGUGUGUGUGUGUGUGUGUGUGUG